AUGGACGAACGUGCCAAGUCGAAAUUGUGGGACAGGUCGGAGCCCGUAGAUCGCUUCGACGUGUUCUUCUCCCACACCUGGAGGACACCCGGCCGAUGGAAGGUGCUUUCCCUCCUCUUCCAGUAUGGCUGGCCCUUCACGCUUACCUGCUGGGCUUGUGUGGCCUCUUUCGUCUUCUUCUUGGGAGCCUUCGGCUGGCUGCCGACGCCCUUGACUUUCCGCGCGGAUGUUCUGGGCUUCCAAAAAAUCUGCCCUUUCGCUCCGUGGGUCUAUCUCUCCGGAGUUUUCACAGCCCUGCUUGCGCUCUUCCUGUCGCCGUACUGGCUCUUCUUCUGCAACUCACCGAAGUGCUUCCUCGAUGUGGUCAGCAUCAACCAGGUGGAACCGGACCUCAUGGAGCGCGGCAUCUACGGCCUAGGUGGCUUUCUGAGUAUUUCGAACCAGCUGCGAGUGUU